AUGACCACGUCCUCCACAACAAGACCCUACGCCUCUCUCCAAGAGUGCAAAAACACUCACGCACAAUUGACGGAGACGUUUUCGACCGGAAAGACAAAGUCGCUGCGAUGGAGGAAGUGGCAGCUCAAGCAGUUUUGGUGGAUGUUGGAAGACAAUCAACGAGCCAUUACAGAUGCCCUUGCUGCCGAUCUCAGGAGACAUGAAAUGGAAAGUCUAACAUCCGACCUCCUUGGACUUAAAACCGAUAUCCUGGAGCACCUGGAUCAUCUCGAAGAGUGGGCGGCCGACGAGCCUGUCAAGUCGGCAGGCUUCAUCAUGGGAAGGCUUGGUAAAGCGCGUGUCCGCAAGGAACCUCUUGGCGUCGUCUUGGUCAUUGGAGCCUGGAAUUUUCCCUUUCUCCUGACACUGCAGCCCGUGAUCGCUGCUAUUGCGGCUGGUUGCUGUGUAUUGAUCAAGCCCUCGGAGCUGUCCGUCGCGUCCCAGGACCUCAUGGCUGAUUUGGUCAGCCAAUACCUUGAUCCCGAGGCUAUUCGUCUGGUCAUUGGGGGACCCCAAGAAACGACAGGCCUUCUUGAACUCAAGUUCAAUCACAUUUUCUUCACCGGCUCUAGUAAAGUGGCUAGGUAUAUUUCAGCGGCUGCUGCGAAGCACCUCACGCCAACUGUACUAGAGCUAGGAGGCCAAGGUCCUGCUGUCGUGACGAGCAAGGCUGAUGUCGACCUUGCCGCCAAGUGCAUUGCCUGGGCCAAGUUCCUCAACGCUGGACAGAUCUGCCUUUCCGUGAACCACGUCUUUGUGGACCCCGAUAUUCAUGACGUCUUUGUACAAAGGCUGGUCUACUGGACUAACAAAUUCUCAACUUCUGGGCACAUGUGCAAGAUUGUCAACAGGCGCAACUUUGACCGCCUGGCCAAGCUUCUAGACGACUCAAAGGGCAACGUGCACCAGGUAAAAAUGGACCAGGAAAGCAGUAUGAUUAGCCCGGCAGUCGUGACUGGCGUUGAUAUGAAAGAUUCAUUGCUCAGUGAGGAGCUAUUCGGUCCUAUCUGCCCGGUCAUCAGAAGGACGUACAAGGAUGCAGUUAGAGACAUUAAAAGUCUACCCCACCCUUUGGCCAUCUACAUGUUCAGUAAUGAGCCCUCUGAAGUCGAAUAUGUCCUUGACAAUACAAACUCGGGUGGCAUCACCAUCAAUGAUGUACUGAUGCACUACGCUGUGCCCGGGGCGCCAUUUGGUGGCGUUGGAGAGUCGGGGAUGGGAUACUACCACGGAAAAUACGGCUUCAUGGCUUUUACGCAUCAGAGAACGAUUGUUGAAAUUCCAUCCUGGCUGCAUAAGCUGACUGGGGCCCGGUAUCCCCCCUAUGACGUUGGCAACAAAGGCAAGGUUACGGUCAAGAAUCAUCUAGGUUUUCGUCGAGGCGAGUCCAUGGAAGAUCAAAUUGUUGGUAGGUCGAACCGGUGGGCCAAGGCAGGUAUUCUUGCGCUUGUCGUGGCAGUGGCCCUGUAUCGUUGGAACUCUGUGGAGACAGCUUUGUCGUGGAUAUCUCGUGGGUUGAGUCAAUGA